CUCAAAACACCAAAAGUGGUACCGAUCUACUUUCCCAGUGUAUCGAGAGGGCUUUUAUUUUGAAGGUGAAAAACCGGAAGUUCAAUUUGUGUGACGUACACGUACAGCUGUACACACUGUUGUUGACAUAUACGAUUAUAUCUCCGUUAGCUCUAAUAGUCCAAAUUGUGUACUUUCAAAACAUUACAGGUAGUUAGUUUAACUACUUUAAAAUAGUUAUUUGUAAGUCAACCUCGUACAUUAUCAGGUACGAACAUGACAAUUCGGUCAAAGUAAUUCUUUUUUUAUCAGCUACAAAUUUGUAUCCAACUUAUUAUCCUACUCAAAUGACAGCUGGCUAGUUAGCGCGGUCAUUUUGCAGUUUUGGCUAACAUUAUCUAUAAACAUGAGCAAUCUUGUAUUCUGGAGUCAAGGUAGCUCCGAAGUGGAUUGGUGUGAAGGAAAUUAUCUUAUUUACCCUGGAAUUGCAGAGUUCUACAAUACGAUCAGCAACAUACUGUUUUUUAUUUUGCCACCUAUUUUGAUGUGUCUGUUUCGACAAUAUGCUACACAUUUCAACAGUGGGAUAUAUCUGAUCUGGGCUUUGCUGGUUGUGGUUGGCAUUGGAUCCACUUACUUCCAUGCCACCCUUAGCUUCCUGGGCCAGAUGCUGGACGAGCUAGCCAUCCUGUGGGUGCUCAUGUGUGCCAUCGGCAUGUGGUUCCCAAAGAGAUACCUGCCCAAGAGCUUCCGCAGAAACAGGAUAAGGUUCAAAGUGGUCAUUGGGAUCCUCUCAGGAAUAACCACAGGACUGGCGUUCGUCAAACCUGCCAUCAACGCCAUCUCUCUAAUGAGCCUGGGCAUCCCCUGCACCGCCUUGCUCAUAACCGAGAUCAAGAGGUGUGAGAACCUGCGUGUGUUUAAGCUGGGUCUGCUCACUGGGAUGUGGUGGACACUGGCAUUGCUCUGCUGGAUCAGUGACAGGAUCUUCUGUGAUAUGUGGUCCUCUGUCAACUUCCCCUAUUUGCACUGUGCAUGGCACAUACUCAUCUGCCUGGCUUCCUACCUUGGGUGCGUGUGCUUUGCCUACUUCGACGCAGCCUCUGAGGCCCCAGAGCAGGGCCCCGUGGUCAAGUUCUGGCCCAGUGAAAAGUGGGCCUUCAUUGGGGUGCCCUACGUCACUCUUCUGUGUGUCCAGAAGAAGCACUCUGUCAAAGUGACAUAACCAGUGUACUUUUUCCAUGUGUAUCAACAAUGGUCCACCGCCCAAAGGACAUCCAGUCAACUUGACACAACUGUGGGAAUCAUUGGAGUCAACAUGGACCAGCAUCCCUGUGGAACGCUUUCAACACCAUGUAGAGUCCAUGUCCCGGCGAAUUGAGGCUGUUCUCAGGACGAAAGGGAGGGUGCAACUCAAUAUUAGAAAGGUGUUCCUAAUGUUUGUAUAGUCAGUGUAUAGUAAACGUAUAGCCAAUAUCAGGGUUUCCCAAACUCGGUCCUGCCCCCACCCCCACCCUUGUUGCAUGUUUAGUUUUUUUGCCCUCUGAUUCAAAUAAACCAACUCAUCAUCAAGCUCUGAGUAUUUGAAUCAGCUGUGUAGAACUAAAGCAAAAACCAAAACUUGCACCCAGUGUGGGCCCCAGCAUCAAGUUUGGGAGACUCUGGCCUAUCUUAUUAACGUGUGUGUGUGCGCGUGCAUAUAUAGGUAACAUAAUCAUUACAUUUUCAGUGUUAUUUUAGCCAUAAUUAUUACUGUUAAAUGUUACAUUUCUUAUUUCAAGGGAAGUGUGCAGUAUCUAUAGUGUUCUAAAGUAUUUAAUCUCAGUGUUGUCUGGUUAUUGUGAUAAAUUGCAGAAGAGCAUAUGCAAGAAUUUGUGCUGCAAAAGUAUUUUGCAAGGUAGGCCAUUCAGAAAAGAGACUAAAAGCAGUAUUAUCAUGUUUAGUAUGGGAUAUGAAGUACUCUCCCUGACAACAGCCAUCAUAGGUGUUAUGGCAGUGGCCAAACACAUGCCAGUGCCAAGGUGGUGAAAAUAUGUUACUUUUCAGAAAGUGCCUUUUAUUUUCCUAUUAUAACAGAUAGGUUAAUAGGUUAAUAUAAUGUGUGUUUGGAAACAAAGAUGGAAGAAUUUCUCAUGACUUUUUACAUUUUAUUUUGUGUAAUAAAACUGUUCAACAUUUACUAAA